AUGACUCUGGAUACAGUUUGGAUUUCUAUCUAUCUAUCUAUCUAUCUAUCUAUCUAUCUAUCUAUCUAUCUAUCUCUGUCUUUUUCUGAACGUCCAUAUCUAUCUAUCUAUCUAUGUCUUUUUCUGGACGUCCAUAUCUGUCUAUCUAUCUAUCUAUCUAUCUGCCUUUUUCUGGACGUCCAUAUCUAUCUAUCUAUCUAUCUAUCUAUCUAUCUAUCUAUCUAUCUCUGUCUUUUUCUGGACGUCCAUAUCUAUCUAUCUAUCUAUCUAUUUAUCUAUCUCUGUCUUUUCUGGACGUCCAUAUCUAUCUAUCUAUCUAUCUAUCUAUCUAUCUUUUCUGGAAAAUACAUAUCUAUCUAUCUAUCUAUCUAUCUAUCUAUCUAUCUAUCUAUCUAUCUCUGUCUUUUUCUGGACGUCCAUAUCUAUCUAUCUAUCUAUCUAUCUAUCUAUCUAUCUAUCUAUCUUUUUCUGGCCGCUCAUAUCUAUCUAUCUAUCUAUCUAUCUUUUUCUGGACAUCUAUCUAUCUAUCUAUCUAUCUAUCUAUCUAUCUAUCUAUCUCUGUCUUUUUCUGGACGUCCAUAUCUAUCUAUCUAUCUAUCUAUCUAUCUAUCUAUCUAUUUAUCUAUCUUUUUCUGGCCGCUCAUAUCUAUCUAUCCUUUCAGCUCGCUCGAUCCCCGUUCUUCUUUUCAUUCUCUUCCAUCAUUUCUACAUCUAUCUAUCUAUCUAUCUAUCUAUCUAUUCAAAUCUCUUUGUCUAUCUACUCAUACUCAUCUAUCAUUUAUCUAUCUAUCUAUCUAUCUAUCUAUCUAUCUAUCUAUCUAUCUAUCUAUUCAAAUCUCUUUGUCUGUCUACUCUUACUUACCUCAUUUUCUUUCUUUCUUUUUAUUAGCUUGGCGUUUUCUUUCUUUCUUUUUCUAUUCUUUCUUUCUUUCUUUCUUUCUUUCUUUCUUUCUUUUAAUUAGUUUGGUAUUAUCUUCCUUCCUUUCUUUCCUUCUAUUAUCUGGGCGUUUUCUUUCUUUCUUUUCUUUUAUUUUUAUUUAUUUUUUAAUUUUUCUUUCUUUUAAAAUUUUAUUUAUUUUUAUUUUUUCUUUCUUUUUAUUGGCGUAUUCUUUCUUUCUUUCAUUUUUCUUUCUUUCCAUUAGCUCGUCUUUUUUGCCUUGGAGUUUUCUUUCUUUCUUUUUAUUGGCGUAUUCUUUCUUUCUUUCUUUCUUUCUUUCCAUUAGCUUGUCGUUUUUUUCGUUCCUUUCUUUCUUUUUUUUAACGUAUUCGUUCUUUCGAUCUUUUUCUUGGUGUAUUUCUUCCUUUCUUUCUUUCUUUCUUUCUUUCUUUUCAUUAGCUUGGCGUUUUUUCUUCUUUCUUCCUUCAUUUUCUCCUUCAUUCUUUUUUUUUAAUUUCUUUUUUUCUCCCGUUACUUUUUCUGCUUUUCAUUCCAAUUUUCUUUUCAUUUUUCUCUAUCUUUUCUAUAAUUCAUGA